AUGAACAAGCACUCUAGUUCAUUAGAUCAUGUGAAUUGGUGGGAUCCAGGUAGCUGGAGUCUAGGUGCUGGUAAAACUUUUUCAUCAGUGAAUUUAGAAACCAGUGAUUCUUUAAAAAUAAGAAAUGGAUGGCUUACCUUACCAGAACCGAAGGCACGUUUUCAACAAAAGCAGCUACAAGAGAAGGAGAUGAAAAUAGCAUCGUUAUACGAGGCUCAACAGGCAAAAGCGUUGGAUAGAGUACGUCAUUCACCGAGCAAUGGUACCGCCCCCACCACCAAACCACCUCCUACACAUCCACCCGGAAAGGUUCGUCAAAUGUUCGAAGAACGCCGAACCAAAGCCGGUAUCGACAAGAGUUAUCCUCUUCAGCCGAUCCACAAUACUGAAAGGGCACAGCCAAGGAAAGCUAUACCCAACGGCUACACGAAGAUCGCCAACACGACAUCCAGGCUCGCGGUGGAAAAGAAAACGUCAGUGCGAACACAUGGCACAUUCAGUUCCCAUAGCGUCAAAAAACAGAUUACCCAGGUUCAAAAUGUGAACAACAAUAUUAUAGUUAAUGGCUCGGGUGAUCUCAACCACAAUCAUGAAGUCGAUCUCAAUACUGUUACAAAAUUGACAAAAUGUAACGGCGAAGAUCCGAUUUCAAGUGAUGAGAUAGAUGGUGUAAAAACAGACUACAAUAAUAAGCACGACCUACUGGAAAAUGAGACAUUUCCCCAUGCGCUUGCGCCGGUAACUCCCCGUUCCGACGACGUGGACACAAGGACGAUUGUCAAAAAGUAUGGAACUCCAGCUCAAACCUCAAUAAAAGCAAGCAAAGUCGUGCCUAAAACAAGUAGUAUCCCGCCAAAGAGAACAACAAAUGAAAAUGUGCAGGCAACAGAAAGUAAGCCCAGAGGGGUCAUGCAGAGAGCAAAUCCCGUGCCAAAAAGAACUACAGCGAGUCCACCAGUGCCUAGUGGCGUGAGGAAGCCCAGAGCAAGCGUAACGUCAGCGAGUAAGAGUGGACCGGCCGGGUCGGGAGCGGAAGGAGACGCGUGUGCGGUGUGCGGGCGACACUUUGCGCCUGACCGCCUCGCUCGGCAUCAAGACAUUUGCCGGAAGACUCACACCAAGAAGCGCAAACCAUUUGACGUGCUUAAACAUCGCCUUGCGGGCACAGAAGCUGAGCCCUUCAUAGGAAAGCUCCGCAAGGGCACAACCAGCUCAACGAAAGUAAGCAAAUCUUUAAACGGCAACUGGCGCCAGAAACACGAAGAGUUCAUCCAAGCUAUACGCGCGGCAAAACAAGUGCAGGCGCAUCUAAGUGCUGGCGGAAAACUUAGCGACCUGCCGCCCCCGCCUCCCUCAGAAAAUCCAGACUACGUCCAAUGCCCUCACUGCAACCGUCGUUUUAACCAAGGAGCUGCCGAACGACACAUUCCCAAAUGCGCCAACUUCCAAUUUAACAAAUCCAAACCGGCCGCCCGGCGUAGGUAA